AUGCUCGAUUCCAUCGACCCGAAUGAUCUGAUGCCAUUGGAGGUUGACGAUGAGUUCAUUUUCAAGAAUGAGGUCACAGCUCCUGAGACCCCUGGGCCUUGUCUAGUGACAGGCUUUAUUCAUCACUCUCGGGUGUUCCUGGCUGCCAUUCGAGACCCUUAUUCCAAAUCAUCUGCAAAAGAGCCCUGUCCCUGUGUCCGGACCCAUGAUCUCAAUCUUCAGGUGCACUACUUUCAAGGGCGUCUAGAUUGUCUUCGGCAUUUGCUUGCUGACAUUCCUGCUUGUCUUCAAUUGUCUGCUCUGACCUCAAGUUUCAUCGGCAUUGAGUCGUCAAACAAUGGCGAUCUCGAAACGCUUCAAUCUCAGUUUGCGUCCAUGCGAGUCAACCUUCACAUCACCCAUAUCUGGCUACAAAGUCUUAUUCUCGAUCAGCUCGAAGUAGCACAGUCCCAUCAACACAGCCAAAUCUCCGCAAUUAGUCAGUCGGAUCACGCUGGAACCUUUGAUCAGAGGGCGCUGUGGCUGUAUAGAGAGGAGUUAUGUCGCCAGCUCUUCUUCAUCUUGUAUAACUUCCCCCAGCCAAGUUUGGAAUCCAACGGAUUACAUGCCGCCAACAAGGUGCGCGAUAUGGCUUCGAGUCUUCUGGCGUGUCCGUUUCAUCCGGAAGAUCCCAUCGCCAAAAGAGUGGCUGAGUAUGUCCAACGCUCAACUGAUAUUCUGUCCCGCCUUGACAGCAGCGAGGGUAUGAAUGCGAUGCAUCUACAAACAUGGAUUGAUACCGAUCGAAUUCUCAAAUAA